UGUGGGGCGCCAGGCUUAGCGGCGGUGUGCGUUGGGUGGUCGGGGAGCCGCAGAGUAGGAAAACAAAAGGACGGGAAGAAACCCUCCCCGGUAUUUUAGAGCUUUCACUUCCUACUGAGGCGCUGGGCAGAGGUGGACGGGUUAGCCGGAAAGGCCUGGAAAUCGAAACCUUGCACCCUUGGACAUGCGACUCCGCCCACUCAGCGGCUGCACCCAAGUCCCAUGGGAUCGUGACCCCCCAAAACAAGCAGUCGAGAAAAAAAUUAAGAGUUUAGUCGUCGCGUUUGCCCGUCCUAAUUCUUGGGAUUCGAAGUCUGACUUUUUUAUUGUUCUUUUUCAUGAGAAAUUCUGAGCUGCUCAUGAAACGCAGUGGGUUUGGGUCGUAAUUGCUGUACCCCCCUGUGACCUCACACAAGCUGCACUGCUUUUGCGCUGCAGGGUUGCAGGAAGCUGUUGGGAAAAUAGUUUUCAAUAAAGAUAAAAUGUGCUGUAGAAUGCGUUUGCAUGUUUAUUUUACUCAAGACAUCGCUGUGUGUCCUUCAAGCGGCCCCAAGACCUGCUGUUGUUCUUAGUUGGGUUGGUAGGACUGACCACAGAAUUGGUGGGGUCCUUGUUAAAUUGUUCAGUGUUUCACGGUGGGUACAAAAGGGCAGGAAGCUAAGUUGGGGGACUCCUGUACACCUAAGGUCGUAUGCCCAGGAGAGUGAAUCUGUUGGUUGGAGAUGCCCUGAGUUCGGGGGUCCCCCGAUGGGUCCCCUGCCUCUCCCAGCAGGCCCGUGAUCUGUCUCGUGUCUCUCUCCAGCAGCCGAUACCAGGAGUCCCCUGAGCCCCUGUCCACUGCAGUGCUGACCAGCCCGCCCACCUGUGCUGAGCUCUUCUGCAGCCUCAUCCCGCUUCUGUGGGACCCUGCGAAGUGGGUCCGGCCGGCCGGAGAAGAAAUCCCUCUCAUGCUAACAUCGCAGACCCCAGAGGGUCCCGUGUGGGUGCUGAGAUGGCCAAUGAAAACCAUGGCAGCCCCCGGGAGGAGGCAUCCCUGCUGAGUCACUCCCCGGGCACCUCCAGUCAGCCUUGUUCUCCAAAGCCAAUGCGCCUGGUGCAGGACCUCCCAGAGGAGCUGGUGCACGCGGGCUGGGAGAAGUGCUGGAGCCGGAGGGAAAACCGUCCCUAUUACUUCAACCGAUUCACCAACCAGUCCCUAUGGGAGAUGCCCGUGCUGGGCCAGCAUGAUGUGAUCUCGGAUCCUUUGGGGCUGAAUGCGACCCCACUGCCCCAAGACUCGAGCUUGGUGGAAACUCCCCCGGCUGAGAACAAGCCCAGAAAGCGGCAGCUCUCGGAAGAGCAGCCCAGCGGCAAUGGUGUGAAGAAGCCCAAGAUUGAAAUCCCCAUGGCAGCCACGGGCCAGUCGGUGCCUAGCUCCCCGAGCAUUCCAGGAACCCCGACACUGAAGAUCUGGGGGACAUCCCCUGAAGACAAACAGCAGGUGGCUCUCCUUCGCCCCACAGAGGUGUACUGGGAUCUGGACAUCCAGACCAAUGCCGUCAUCAAGCACCGGGGGCCCUCGGAGGUAUUGCCCCCGCACCCUGAAGUGGAGUUACUGCGCUCCCAGCUGAUCCUAAAGCUUCGGCAGCACUAUCGGGAGCUGUGCCAGCAGCGAGAGGGUAUCGAGCCUCCUCGAGAGUCUUUCAACCGUUGGAUGCUGGAGCGCAAGGUGGUAGACAAAGGAUCCGACCCCCUGUUGCCAAGCAACUGCGAACCAGUUGUGUCACCCUCCAUGUUCCGUGAAAUCAUGAAUGACAUUCCCAUCAGGUUAUCUCGAAUCAAGUUCCGGGAGGAAGCUAAGCGCCUGCUCUUUAAGUAUGCCGAGGCUGCCAGGCGGCUCAUUGAAUCCAGGAGUGCCUCCCCCGACAGCAGGAAGGUGGUCAAGUGGAACGUAGAGGACACCUUCAGCUGGCUCCGGAAAGACCACUCGGCCUCCAAGGAGGACUACAUGGACCGCCUGGAGCACCUGCGGAGGCAGUGUGGGCCCCACGUGUCGGCUGCAGCCAAGGACUCGGUGGAGGGCAUCUGCAGCAAGGUCUAUCAUAUCUCCCUGGACUACGUCAAACGGAUCCGAGAAAAGCACCUUGCCAUCCUUAAGGAAAACAACAUCCCAGAAGAGGCCGAGGCUCCUGAGCUGGAGCCCCGCCUGGUGUACUGCUACCCGGUACGGCUGGCCGUGUCUGCGCCCCCAAUGCCCAGCGUGGAGAUGCACCUGGAGAAUAACGUGGUCUGCAUCCGGUACAAGGGCGAGAUGGUCAAGGUCAGCCGCAAUUACUUCAGCAAGCUGUGGCUCCUCUACCGAUACAGCUGCGUGGAUGACUCGGCCUUGGAGAGGUUCCUGCCUCGAGUCUGGUGUCUUCUCCGGCGCUAUCAGAUGAUGUUUGGCGUGGGCCUCUAUGAGGGGACUGGCCUGCAGGGGUCGCUGCCUGUGCACGUCUUCGAGGUCCUCCACCGACUCUUUGGCGUCAGCUUUGAGUGCUUUGCCUCGCCGCUCAACUGCUACUUCCGCCAGUACUGCUCUGCCUUCCCUGACACAGACGGCUACUUUGGCUCCCGAGGGCCCUGCCUGGACUUCGCUCCGCUGAGUGGCUCAUUUGAGGCCAACCCUCCAUUCUGUGAGGAACUCAUGGACGCCAUGGUGUCUCACUUCGAGAAACUGCUGGAAAGCUCGCCAGAGCCCCUGUCCUUCAUUGUGUUCAUCCCCGAGUGGCGGGAUCCCCCAACCCCAGCGCUCACCCGCAUGGAGCAGAGCCGCUUCCGGCGCCACCAGCUGAUUCUGCCUGCCUUUGAGCAUGAGUACCGCAGCGGCUCCCAGCACAUCUGCAAGAAGGAGGAAAUGCACUACAAGGCAGUCCACAACACGGCCGUGAUCUUCUUGCAGAAUGACCCCGGCUUUGCCAAGUGGGGGCCGACACCCGAGCGGCUGCAGGAGCUCACUACCGCCUACCGGCAGUCUGGUCGGACCCAUAGCUCCAGCUCUUCAUCCUCAUCCUCGGAGGCCAAGGAGCGGGACUCGGGCCGCGAGCCUCACCCCACCUAACACAGCCUGCGGGGUGGAGGAACCCCAGGGUGCUGGCAUUGACUGCUGGGACUUGGACCUUUGGGGGCCAAGCAGGCCCAGGGCCUCCCCAAGGGGUGGCAGCAGGACUCAGGCUGCCAGGGACAUAGGAAGAUUCUGGCUCUUUGGCCGGGGUUCCCCCUCCCUGCCCCAGCUCCCAACUGCCCACCCUGAACUCACCUGAGUCCCUUGUAUAUAGGCCCGAUACCCUUCUUUUUACCCUCCCAACCCCCCAUGGUUUCAUCUGUAAAAGGAAAUACAGACCCCCUCCCUUCAAAAAUGUGUGAGGAUCUCAGCAAAGGAGGUCUACCCUGGGGACCACACCCCUGCCUCUCCAGGUUCAGCUUGCAGGGCCAUUGCUCCACACAGCUGGUCGCCUGGCUCCCGGGCCUGUGUGCCCAGGGGCUGGCAGCAGAGCUGCAGACUUGUCCAGCUGGGCAGAGCAGAGGAAGCCCCCUGCCGGUACUUGAGUUGCCCUGCAAGCAAGAGCCUCUGUGCAGCACCUUCCCACCCUCUGAGGACCUGGGGAGGAGGGUGCUGGGGUGACAUCUCUGCUCUGGCCUUGCGUGGCUGGCAGCCUGUCCUUCAUGCCCCCACUGGAGUGGCUUUUGAUAAGCUCCUGCUCGGGCAGUCUGUCAGUGAGAGGACAAAGUGAGCCAGCCAGGCCUGGACUAUGGUCCUUUUAUUCAGACAAGGGCCCAGUGGGUCCAAGCAAACAAAAAUAAAUCUCUCUUCUAGA